AUCAGAUUAACUUCUUGAGAUGUACUGAUAAUACCUAUCGCUCUCAUUAUUAUUUUUACUAGAAAUUCAUGUGGGUAAUGUUUGUAGUAUUAUAAUAGGAACCGAACCCCUCUUCAACAAUAGUUUUUACCUGCACUGCACCCCAUUGAACAUUCACACGGAGUCGUCAGAGACUUCACAGCUGGCUGACGGUGUUCAUGUCAUAUUGCAUGUGAUUCGAGUGAAAUGUUAAACAACAGUACUGUAAUGCCAAUAUUGUCUAUAUUUUACGGUGUUUCAUGUGAGAUUAUAGUGUCGGUUUUUUAUUUCUUCCUGUUACUUUACUUAGCCGUGAUUCGUGAAAUGAAGUGUUAUAAUAUAAUGGAUGCCAUAAGAGAAAUCGUCAAGUACAAUUAUCCUAUAUUAGUAAACAAAUAUUCUCUGCCUGAGGUGUGUACCACUUAUAAUAUUUCAUUAACACAACUAUGUAAACUAAAUUUUGUUUUGGGCUUAAUGCAAUUUGUGUCAUUUCGAAUUUUCAAUAUCUUAGUGUCUUCGAUGUAAAGUAUGGUUUCCUCUUCGGUAAUUUGAACAAAUUAUUUUUAUGUGCAUUCCAAAGAUAAUUAGAUUUCAUCAAAAUCCUGUAACAUAUAAUCACUACCUACAGUAUAUAAAACAAAGUCGCUUCCCGCUGUCCGUCUGUCUCUAUGUAUGCUUAAAUCUUUAAAACUACGCCACUGAUUUCAUGCAGGUUUUUUAAUAGAUAGCGUGAUUCCUGAGGAAAGUUUAAAUGUAUAAUUAAUCAUGGUUUUGCCCAAGCGAAGCCGGGGCAGGCCGCUAAUGAAAUAAAACGGCUGCUUUGGAUAUUGGAUGUUACUAAUACACACACUAUAGCACUAGCAGUUUUGCUGAAAAACGGGAAGUGAAAGUAGAAAUUACGACCACGUCGAGGUCGCUUUGCUGCAAUUCUGCUAGAAAUGCUAGUAUUUUUGCAGUACUUCCGUUGGAACAAAGAACAUUAUUGUUCGAUUGUAUUUCACUGCUCCGUAUUAGUAGUUAUUUCAAACAUAUGUAAAAGUAAAAUAAGAUUACUAAUACACAUACAUUGCAGUUUUACUAUUUAAAAACGUUACGAAAUGUCAUGUCCCAUUCUAUCAUCAUACGAACGAGAAAUAAAUAUGUUAGUAUUAUGAUCGUGUACAGCGUGAUAAGCCGGAGACACGUUUGGCGUUCGUGACCACUGGCGUGUUUAUCAAAGCGCCCGCAUCCGUUCUUGCACUCUCUUCGAAAAUGAUUUAAGAGAUAACACACAUCUCUGGUUCAAGUGUAAUCUCACUCUGAGAUAACACUUUUCUCGUGGGGAUAAGUAUUAUGUAUAUUUUGUAAUAAGAAGCGGUCACCGCGUGCGCCGCGGCAUUGUACAGAGCUCGCGCGUUCCACUGACCCAAUUACUUACAGCUUAUUGACAGAACUGUCUUGGCUCUUGAGCUCACCUUUCAUUCGGAGAAAGGUAUACUGAAUUUCGCUCAUAAAAUAUGUAAACAAUCAUAAAUAUAAAAGUAUUUUUUUCUUAAAACAGACACAAUAUGGAACAUCGAUCUAGGUUCUCUCGUUUUUUUCUACGUAAAUAAAAUCUGACUAAAUUACAAAAGCUUGCCAAAAACUAUAUCAAGAGAAAUGUGAAGGCGUAGGCGAAAAUGCGUCUGUUUAAGAUCUAUUUUUUCUCCAUGAUAAAUAAGUGUUUUAACAACGAAUCUUCCAUAAUGUUACUCCUUGUCACAUCGAAUUUUUAAUUUAGAAUGCAGGGAAAUCCGCAUACACAUUAAUGCAAAGUACUUAAUGCAAAGAAAAGCGCGCGUGGCGAACACCUCAGGAGUGCGCGGGAGGGCGCUCCCACGGGUUGCCGAUAUUUUUAGUCCGCGACCAUUACUUGGCACCGGCGGCCGCAUUUGACUGCACUAGUGAUCUUUCUGAAAUUUGUUCGCGCUUAGGUACGCUCUCAAUCUCGAGAUAGACCCAGUCUUAUGUCCGGUGCCAGAGCAUUCGCUGCUAAGUAGGAAAAAACGUGACCGAAUUAUGAUACUAUCCUGAAUCUGUGUUAAGUGUUAAAUUAUGACGUUUCUUAAAUACUAUGUGAUAUAUCCUGGUUAAUGGGUGUAAAGUUAGAGUGUUAAACGGAACAAAGAUGACCACCCUUAGUGCAACUGGUAAUGGAACAACCAGUCCUCGACGUCACAGAUACAGUCGCGCCUCCACAACUAGCGUGACUCAGCUGUUGUCAGAUGGCUAUUCCAGCAUCAUGAACCGUCUCACGAGGCGAGGUCCUUCUGAGAAAUCUGAUGCUAUCGCAGACUCGAAGCUGACUGCUGCUCGUACUCGUUAUGAUGACAAAUAUUCGAAUAAGAAUUCCGCCCUAGCUAGUAUUCGACGUUAUGAAAACAAUAGACAUAUUUCUCCGUACACUUCUUUAUUACCGGGAGUGGCAACGUCAACUGUGAGCAAAUUGAGUGACGAACGUGCAUACUCGGGUUACCUGGGCGGACCUAAAUCACGCAUCGAAAUGUCACCUUUACAUUCUACCUCUGGCAUAAGCAGUCUUACCCGCAGUGACUCAUUUCGCAGGGCCCAUUUGAAAGAUAAUAAACCGUCACCUUUCACCAAGCGUUAUCCCCUCAAGGAAGCCAACCACAAUAUUGACACCACGAUAUCGUUAGGAAGUACACGUAGUCGUUUAGAAGAUAAAUAUUCAUCAGUCUUAGACAAAAUAGCUAGCGAGAAAAAGGAAAGGGCCAGAAAACAGAAAGAAGAUCGUGAUAAAACACUGGAACCUGAACCGGCGAUGUCUCGUGGUUUGAUGCGCAGCUUGACAACUGCUGUUUUUGGAGAAAAUUCUUUUAAAAGAAAUAAUUAUUCUCGCGAAAAAACUAGAGAUAAAACUCCAUUUAGAAACACAACUGAUCGCCGUUUGUCUUCACAAAAACAGAAAGAUAAAGAUGAAUAUAAAAAUGGCUUUGAUAUUCCACUGCGAGAUAGACAACACUACGGUAAAGACAGAGACAGCGUGUACAGAAGACAUCAGCGGAGAUCACUCAGGGCUGAAAAGAGUGAAACUAAAGACAGAAAGGGCAAACUGUGUUUAAGACCUAUAGAUAUUAGCUUACAUUCUGGAGUCAGGGACUUAGUAUCACCCUUGCAACAAAACGAAAUCACAUCAAAAGCAAAGUUAACUAAAACACCAGUCUCCAGUCCGACUAGAGAAGUAGGAAGGCAAAAACAGAUAUACUUUCCAUCUAGUGACGAAGAAGAUGACGACAAAACACCGGUCGGCGAUCCAGUGAUGUCGGAUAGAGAAACUAGACGCAAAGAGAUUCAGAGUUUAAUAAUGAAAUACGCACACCUGGACGAGGUGUACGGACGGAUUGGGGAAAAGCAGGCUAAUGGGGUGUCGAAUGACGUGCUGACGAAAAAGACAGAGCCACUGGGCGUCGGAGACGUGGUGAUACUGCCGCCCGAGCUGCGAAGCCGCCAGCGGCCGCAGCGACCGCGUCAUCUGCUGCGGUGCGCGGUCACGCCGCCUAGCUCCCGAGCACGCUCCUCCGUCAAGGACGACAAGGACGGACAUCUGGUGUACUGGCCCGGAUAUGUCAUGGGAGCGAGAUACAAAAUCAUCGACACGCUCGGUGAAGGCACCUUCGGCAAGGUGGUCGAGGUGAAGGAUUUAGAAAUGGAGCACAGAAUGGCUCUGAAGAUCAUUAAGAAUGUUGAGAAGUACAGAGAGGCUGCAAAACUAGAGAUUAACGUAUUAGAAAAGUUAGGCGAAGUUGACCCUGAUUGUAAAAACUUAUGUGUUAAGAUGUUGGACUGGUUCGAGUAUCACGGGCACAUGUGCAUCGCAUUCGAGAUGCUCGGCCAAAGUGUAUUUGACUUCCUGAAAGACAACAACUACCAGCCGUACCCCCUGGAGCAGACGCGGCACAUCGCGUACCAGCUGAUCUACAGCGUGCUGUUCCUGCACGACAACAAGCUCACGCACACCGACCUCAAGCCCGAGAACAUCCUGUUCGUCGACAGCGACUACGAGGUCGUCAGCGUCUACAGCAGCUCCAAGAAGAGCCACGACUUGCUCCGCGUGAAGCGCAGCGACGUGCGGCUCAUCGACUUCGGCAGCGCCACCUUCGACCACGAGCACCACAGCACCAUCGUCUCCACCAGGCACUACCGCGCGCCGGAGGUUAUACUAGAGCUGGGCUGGUCGCAGCCGUGCGACGUGUGGUCCAUCGGCUGCAUCAUGUUCGAGCUGCAGCUCGGGCUCACGCUGUUCCAGACGCACGACAACCGCGAGCACCUCGCCAUGAUGGAGCGCAUACUCGGGCCCAUACCCUACAGAAUGGCAAGAAAAACACGGACAAAAUACUUUUACCACGGGAAACUAGACUGGGAUGAGAAAUCAUCAGCAGGCAGAUAUGUUAGGGAAAACUGCAAACCGCUAUUGAGGUAUAUGCAGAGCAACAGCGAAGAGAACCGGCAGCUGUUCGAGCUGAUCGCGCGCAUGCUGGAGUACGAGCCCUCGCAACGCAUCACGCUGCGGGAGGCGCUGCGGCAUCCCUUCUUCAGCAAGCUGCCGCCGCACCAGCGACUGGGCAAUGACCGGCCGCGCUGCAACGGAGAAGGUUCGAGAUCUCGCGAGCGCUCGCACUCGCUGAGCAGGUGAGGCCGCGCCGCCGCCCACCGCGCUCCCCGCCCGCCCGCCGCGGCCCCCAGCCGGCCGCGCGUGUAUUGUACAGUUAAACUAAUGAAGUGAUAAGUGAUAAUUAUUUUGUCGAACGUUGUAAUCUAGGUAAUAUUUUGUUGUGAAUCGGUACUUCUCAAUUUGUAUUUAUAAAUAAUUAUUCGAAUAAAGACUGUCAGUCUAAAAAGUU